CAAGUUAAGCAGAAGCAAAGAAGUAAACACCACAACACAAUACCGACUCUUUGAGUCUUUGUUAUCUGUCACAAACUCAACUGUGUUUCUCUGUCCACCAACAACAUAGCAGAGCAAAUUAAGCAUAGAAAGUAAGAAAGAAACAAAGAGUGACGUGUUAGGCUCGCUCAGUUUGUGCAAGAACAAGUAGAUAGAAGUACAGAGAUGGGUAUCCUAUACGACGACGUAGUGAUCAUCAACCAGUCCGAGAAAGAAGAAGACCCAACUGUUAUAACGAUCAACUGCCCUGACAAAACUGGCCUCGGUCGUGACUUGUGCCGCAUCAUUCUCUUCUUUGGUCUUAGCAUUGUCAGAGGCGAUUUGUCUACGGAUGGGAAAUGGUGCUACAUAGUGUUCUGGGUGAUUGGGAAUUCAACAACUAGAUGGACUUUAUUGAAGAAGAGACUAUUGGGUGUAUGCCCUUCUUGUUCUUCAGCUUCUGGACUUUUAUAUUACCGGGCAGAACUCCAGUCACCAAAGCCUCCUGAUGUGUUUCUCUUGACGCUUUGUUGUCUUGAUCGAAAAGGGCUUUUACAUGAUGUGACAAGGGUUCUUUGUGAGCUUGAGCUCACCAUAAAGAAAGUGAAGGUAUCUACCACCCCAGAUGGGAGAGUGAUGGACCUGUUCUUCGUUACAGACACCAGGGAACUUCUGCAUACAAGGAAGAGACAGGAGGAUACACAUAACCGCUUAAAAGUUAUCAUGGAGGAUGCCAUGAUAAGCUGUGAUAUAGAGUUGGUAGGCACCGAAAUUACUGCCUGCUCUCAGGCAUCUUCGUUUCUUCAAUCUGUAAUCACUGAAGACAUGUUCCACUUGGAAAUGCCUAAUGAGCUCCCGAGCAGAUCCCUCACUUCCAACAGUGUUUCUGUCACAAUGGACAACAUGCUGAGUCCUGGUCAUACUCUUGUCCAAAUUAAUUGCCAAGAUCACAAAGGUCUUCUUUACGACAUAAUGAGAACUUUAAAGGAUUACAAUAUUCAGAUUUCAUAUGGACGCUUCUCCAUGAGACAAAGAGGAAGUUGUGAGAUUGACUUGUUCAUCGUGCAAUCUGAUGGGAAAAAGAUAGUUGACCCUAGCAAGCAGAAUGCAUUAUCGUCUCGUCUGCAGAUGGAAUUACUUCAGCCUCUCAGAGUAGCAGUGGUCAGCAGGGGUCCUGAUACUGAACUUUUGGUUGCAAACCCUGUAGAGUUAUCUGGCAAGGGCCGGCCUCUUGUUUUUCAUGAUAUUACCCUUGCCCUCAAGAUGCUUGAUACUUGCAUCUUUUUGGCUGAGAUUGGGAGGCACAUGAUUGGAGAUCGGGAAUAUGAAGUUUAUAGAGUCCUUCUCGAUGAAGGGGAUGGAUUGCCUGUCCCAAGAAGCAAGAUUGAGGAAGGAGUAUGGAAGAUGUUGAUGGGCUGGGAGUGAUUAUGAUCACUCAUCACUUCCUUCCGACGGCUAUGCCUAUUGUGCAGUAUCGUUCUCCUACCAUGAUAUGCCACUUAGAUGUAAAGGGUAAUACUUUUCUCACAAACUUGCCAUUAACUUUUUCUUAUAAACUGACGUGGUAACAAGAUGAAUGUUAAGUGACAUGCCAGUUACCACAUCAGUUGUGUAAUGAAAAUAUAUUCAACAUGUUUCUAAGGGUAGUUUUUCUUGGAUGUAAAUUACAAGUUAUACUGUGAAAAGGGCUUAGGUUGCCCAUCUUGUACGCAUCUGUGGGACUAACUUUGUAUCAUAAGAAUGAUAAGUUGGUAGUGAGGAGAUGUAGAAAUUAAGAGUGAAGCGCCUUUGACAUCGCACACUUGAAAGAUCGAGCACAGAGGUAAAUACGGAGUCAAUAUGGAGUCGUUUCCUUUACGUUCUUAUAAAUAUAUAGUACAUGUUGUAAAAAUAAUAUGGCUUGUCAUUCAAUGUUAUCAGUUAUGCAGAAAGAGUUUAGUUGUACUUGUACAGAAAUAUCUCUAUAAUUAACUAUCAACAUGACACUUGC